AUGACCGGCCCCGUCGACCCCAAGACCCCCACCGAACAUUCCCCGAGACAGUCGCCGCGCAUCGAACUUCCCGAGGAAGAAGGCUCCCCGGGCCACGAUGGCCAGACCAGCCCGGGCAUGAGAAAUAGCAAAGGAUGGGAUGGAAAACUCAGAGUCCAGCGGACCGCCGUCCUCGCCAACCCUGAGGUGCUGUCGGACCCGGAGUCUGACGACGAGAAUGUCAUCGCAGGCGAGGAACUCCCCGCUGAUGAAGACCUCCUUGACGGCGAGGACGUCGAUACAGACGAGCUCAUUGUCUCCCACGCCCGCGUUGCUUCCAUCCCCGCCCUCCACCUCGAGCGCUUCACAAAGGUUGUCCGCCUCUGCCUCCGUCAGAACAGCAUCCAGGAAAUCGACGGCCUCUCCGCCCUCGCCUCCACCCUCGAGGACCUCGACUUCUACGACAACCUCAUCUCCCACAUUCGGGGGUUGGAGGACCUAACCAACCUCACCAGCCUCGACCUUAGCUUCAACAAGAUCAAGCACAUCAAGCGUGUGAAUCACCUGACGAAAUUGAAGGAAAUCUUCCUGGUUGCCAACAAAAUCAGCACCAUCGAGAAUCUCGAAGGUCUCGACAACCUCACUAGCCUCGAGCUCGGCUCCAACCGCAUUCGCGUCCUGCAGAAUCUCGACUCCCUCAAGAAGCUCGAGGAGCUCUGGGUCGCCAAGAACAAAAUCACCGAGCUCACUGGCCUGGGAGGACUGUCCAACCUCAAGAUUCUCAGUAUCCAGUCCAACCGCAUCCGUGACUUGGCCCCGUUGAAUCAGGUGCCCAGCCUCGAGGAGCUGUAUAUUUCUCACAACGCCCUGACAUCGCUGGCCGGCAUCGAGCAGAACGAGAAGCUGCGCGUGCUCGACAUCUCCAACAACGCCGUUGCAAGCGUCAAGGGUCUGAAGCCGCUGAAGAACCUGGAGGAGUUCUGGGCGAGCUACAACCAGAUCUCCGACUUUAACGAGGUCGAGAAGGAGUUGAGAGAUAAGGAGCACUUGACCACCGUUUACUUUGAGGGCAACCCGCUGCAGCUUAGAGGGCCGGCCGUGUACCGCAACAAGGUCCGCCUGGCGCUGCCCCAGCUAUCCCAGAUCGACGCAACCUUUGUCAAGGCAUAG